UGAAGCGUGGCUAUAUCCGGUUUUGUUGAGCUAUUGUUGAUGCUCGGUAUUUAAAUCCCUCCAGGUUGCAUUGAUAGCAGAACUCCACAGUGUGUUAUUGUUCCUGUAGCGGCAGCAGCAUGUCUCAGGCCCGGGUCACGGACUUCUUCUCCCAUAGAAAGAGCGGCACCGCUUGCCCUGUGAAAGCAGCCAAGCCGCGCAGCCGCGGCGCCUGUGCUCUAAACACCGGCGUGACCAGCAAACGCACACAGUCUGUGGAAAAUAAAGAAGCUAUACUCUGUUCUUCCUCUGUCCACGAAGAGUUUGUCCGACUUAUCGAAGAGGCAGCGGGGUCGAACGAUGAGAAGUCUGCCGGCAGCAACGCCUCUGCGCGACCCCCCUCCAGUCCCCGGACACCGAAGCGGACCUCGGCCGACGCCGAGUUUGACCUCGGGGCUGCGGUGUUUUCUGCAACCGCUGAUCACAGCACGGCCAAGAAGAAACGACAAGAAGAGGCCGCCCGAGAGUCUGCGGUCCCGGAGAGAACCAAGAAGAGGACUGCCAGGAAGAAGCUGGUUCUGCCUCAAGACUCACCACAGACGGCAACUCAGCCCCCGACCAGUGAGGUGACCCCACUUCCCUCGUCUCCAGCAGCCCCUGUGUCAGGAGUAGGACACAGUGCUGGGAACCACACAGUCAGCGGUGGGAACACUGUGGGACAGACGAGCAAGGCUCUGUGUAAAGAAGACAUUGCUGCCCUCAAGUCUCGCAUUCAGAAGAUCAAGAAACAUGCAGAGAAAAUAACCAUAACAGCUUCAGUUGCCUCUUCCUCUGGUCCGGCGCCCAGCUGUACGAAUCCCACUGACCCCAAAACCUCCACGCCCCCCAUCUCGGAUGCAAAGGCCAUUAAGCUCAAUGUUACACGAGUCAAACAGCUUGCAGUUAAAGCUCAGAGAAGAAAGGGGGAGAGAGAGGCAGAGGAGAGCAAGCAGAGGGAGACAGUAACCCUGGACAGAGCUGAGCAGCCAGCGUUCCAGCGGUACCACACCCUUGCCGAGGCAGCCCACCCAGGCCUCACCCUGCCAUACCAGUACAAGGUGCUGGCUGAGAUGUUCAGGAGUAUGGACACCGUGGUUGCCAUGCUGCACAACCGCUGUGAGACGGCAACCUUUGCGAAGGUCAAACAAGGAGUUCAGGAUAUGUUGCAUAAGAGGUUUGACGAGAGCCACGUUGGUCAGAUAAAGAUGGUGGUUCCUGAAGUCUACACAUUCAGACAAGAGAAGAACAUCCCAACCUUCAACAGCAGCAUUAAGAAGAGCAGCUACCAGCUUACUGUGGAGCCUGUCGUUCUCUCUGAUCAAAAUAAAGAGCGUCCUGUCCUGUCAGCCUCUCGUCUCCUGGAGAGAAGACGCACUUUCCACUGGAAUCUGGUGGACAUUGUCAAACAGCACCACAAGGAGUUCCUGUCUUCGCUGGUACCUCCAGUGUCUGUCCCAGAAGACAAACUGACCCGGUGGCACCCACGCUUUAAUGUGGACACUGUCCCAGCCAUCCAAACAAGCGCUCUGCCUGAGCCUCCUCAUACCGAGAAACUAGCCACAGCUCAGGAGGUGCUGGACAAGGCCCGCUCACUCAUCACACCCAAGAUGGAGAAGGCUCUGGUCUCUCUCUCGCUAAAGACCGAAGAUAAAGCUGCAGAAAGUAAGGAGCCCACUCCUUCACAAAACCCAGCAGCCCCCCAGACUCAAGCUCCAUCUGCAGCACAAGUCCCAACUGCCCUGAAAGGAGUGUCUCAGUCCCUGCUGGACAGGAUUCGAGCAAAGGAAUCCCAGAAACUCCAAGCGACCAUGACCCGAAACCCUUCUCAGGAGGAGCGUCUGGUGAUGAUUUCACGGCUUAGGGAGCUGGCAAGGAUUCUGCGAACGGUUUUCGUUGCAGAGAAGAAACCGGCUUUAAUAAUGGAGUUGGCCUGUAACAGGAUGGUGGCCAGCUACAGGUCAGCUCUCAGCACAGGUGAAAUGGAGAAGCAUAUUCGUCUGCUGGCAGAAGUUGCUGCUGAUUGGCUGACUAUCCAUCCAAUCAGGAAGGACUUCUACCUGAAGUUGAACAAGAACAUGGAGAUCAGCGUGGUUCUGGACCAACUGAGCAGACGACUGAGUGAGGAGGAGAGACUCUGAUAGACUCCCGAUUCAGGUGUUGCAAGCAAACAAUUUCAAGUGCCAUAGGGUAUUUUCCAUCAAGUAUUACAGCUCUGUUAUUAACAAGUUUAGCACAGUAUGUUUUGUGCUGAAUCCUGUUAAAUGCUGUUGGUAUAAAAACAGUCAGACUACUCUAUGAUACCAGGGUCUGUCCCAGAAGACCCCAGUGCUUCCCCAAUUUCCUGGAGCCACACUGGAAGGCCUGACGUGGUCUUUGUAUUCCCUAUAUGCUCCUGUGUUGUAAACAGGUUGUUUUAACCACACUUGUUUUUUUGUUUAGGGUUUUUUUUCUUGAUGAAAGUGUUAUAUCAAUGCCCACUGAUCUGUGCCCAUUCUUUGUUUUCUAAAAUAAACCACUGAGUGUUUAGAUUUUUAAAACGCUGUUUGAUAAUGUUUAAACAAUACAAUUUGACAAAGCUGUACUGUCUUCAAUAAUUUGUCAUGAAUGCAAUUAUUAAAUGGAACGGUCUGUAAAACA